GCCGAAUCGGUCCACUGGCCCGUCGCAAUCUGAAAGCAUCAGACCGCUCUGCCCUUGCUCCUUCCUGUGUCUUUACCAUAGGAACUGCUAAACUUUCUGCCAAUUGACGCUUGUCUCGCACGAUGACAGACUCGCCGUUACCGAGGAUCCCGCUGGACCCGAAGGAGCAGCCCAUCCUCGACAAGCUGCAAUCGAUACGGACCCAGCUCGAGUUACUGAAGCGCGACCGAUCGACAUAUGUCAGGAGCCAGGAUGUUCUUCAAUUGUACGACCAAGUCAUUGAACAGGUGAUGAUUCUGAAUGAAAUCCGAGUAACAAAGCGCCUCGAGCAGAACAAGGUCGACUACAUGCUAGACGACUGCUUCCAACUCAUCUCGCUUGCAUACAUGACAGUAGGCAAGAACCACGAACCUCCGGCUGUCUACUCAUACAUCUCCACCGCGAAGCGACUCUUAGACCACCUCAAAGAAGCGAUGUUCUACUCACCCAAAGAUCUGGAUGGUCUCGGCGGGCAGCUGAAAGAGUGCCGACAUUAUGUUGAAAGGGGUCAGGAGGAGUACAGCCCACAUCUUCUUACUCUGCUGGAUGCCCGCAUCAAGGUCUGCGAAGAGAUACUGGCGACACUGCGAUUGAACCUUUCACACCUCACACCAGAGCUGACACCAAAAUGGGACAAGCUUGUCUCGCUACUUCGAUCACUGGCUGGCUGCAACGCGCGAUCAAAGUUUCCCAACGAAGAGGUCGAUGCCUACGCUAAGGAACUCUACGAGCUUGAGGAAGAGCUUAAGAAGGAUGGCAUCACUGCGUACGAGACUACUGGCUCAACAGAGGACAAGCUUGUCGAGAUGACCGAGAAGAUGAAGUUGACUGCAGCGGAUGAAAACCCAGCACCCCAAGCCGAAACUUUAAUCUCGCAACUGCUUCGGCGCAAUCUCUUGUGGGUGACUUUGAUAAAGGAGAAGCAAGGUCGCAUCAACCCGGCGUUCCAGGACGUGUACGACAAGCUUUUGUCGAUUCGUAACAAUCUCGACAAGCUUUCACUCACACAGGCAUGGUCUCUGCGCGAGACAGAUCUGUGGGACUUCCAGCGCCAGUUGGACCGUAUCGAUGAAUCGCGAGCUGAAGAUGGCAACUUUUAUGAUGCGCUUGGCCGACCUGCCGAGAUCUAUGAGCAGAGGACUUUGCUCUACCUCCUACGCAAGAGCUAUGCCAUCAUAUACCAACUUCUACUGACCUCUGAGCCCGUCUCUGAGGCUCUUUUGCCCAUUUACAACCAGCUUACAACGCUGAGAAAAUGCUUGCUCGAGGUGAAGAAGCUUGGUGGCGUCUCAUCUCCGCGCGAGCUGUACCCCUACAGCAUGAAACUCAACUCGAUCGACAAUAUGCGCGUAGAUGGGAAGUUCAUGGUCGGCGAUGAGAUCCCAGACGGACAAGGAAUCGUAACCCAGCUCCUCGAGGAAUGUUUCGACCUCGCGUACGAACUCAGAAACGACGCAGAGGACAGCAGUUCGGCAGAAGCGACACCAGCGGAAGGAACACCGCAAAGCGAGACGCCCGGCGAACCUGUGAUCGCACAGUCAUGAAUGGCGAUCGACCUCGGUAUUGGUGGCGUUUUAUCGGAUUCAAAUCACUGGCAGCCAGGCGUCCUCGAGUCGGGCUUAUGGAGGCAUUGGUUGGGUUUGCGCGCACUGUUUCAACGUCAUGUACCCGUAAUCGCGCUUUUCAUGCUCAAUCGAUAUGAAUCGAGUUGAACAGUUUGAGUUCCUCUUCAGGUGAUGGUGCGACUGGUGCAUCGGCGUCCUUGAAAGUGAGAUGACUCCCGUACGAGAUGC